AUCAAAACAUACGGAGCAUAUACGGAUAUCUUUUGUUUAACAUCACCGGAGAUUAAUAUGACACUAUCGUUGCCUUGAUUAAUACUCCGUAUAAUAUCAUGAUUUCAAAUUGAAAAUGCAUAGUUCAAAACCUACAGAGUAUUUUCAUUUAAAGAAGCAUUAAGGCCCAUUACGAAAAUCAAUACGAAGAAUGAAGGGAUCGCCUAGCUCCAUAAUUACGUGUGCGAUAGUCACUUUAAUGGGGGGAAAUGGUGCGCAGAGCAAGGUUGGAGGCGCGCGGAGCAGAGCCCUAAAAAACACAUCUUUAAUUAUUUACAGUCUGGACUAGUUCAGCUGCUCCCUUAUGUACGUAAUGUCUGUCCACAACACUGGGACGCAUUCAUUCUACUAAAAUUCAUAUUCAGGGGUUAAUAGGUAACAUUUCAAACUUCCAGCUAAAUCCAUUCUUUCCGUUGUUUUGAGCUUUCUCAGGGAAUGUGGAAGAAAUUCAAGAAAGAUUGACGACAAAUAGUGUGCCAUACUUUUCAUCUUGACAUCCUUUUUUUAAUCCUGUUUUCACUUUCUUUAUUGAUCAUAAAGGUAUUACAGAAGGAUUUUGCAAACAUAAAAAACGUGGGGAAAAUGGGUGUUCAUUAUCUGCACAAAUUGAGUGCUGAAUGUAUACCAAAAGAUUUGAUAGAGAAGGGGCAAAAGCGUGUUAUCGAGGCGUCUCUCACGCUUAUCCGUGAGCGGGCAAAGCUAAAGGUAUGUGGGGUGGGGUGGGGGGCUAACCUUUUGAAAUUGUUUCCGAGUCUUUUGGUAGGUUUUUUUCAUUGCUUCUAAAUCCCAAUUUCUUGGCUAAAUGAUUGUCAAGAACACUAAAAAAUGAUAUAUUUUAACAUAUCAUGCUUCAUUAUCAAAGCGAUUCAUUGGCUUUAUUGUUUUUUCCAUGUUCUUGAAGGAAUAUAAUGAACACCCGCCGGAUAUAUCCUCUAGUCAUCAUAAAAAUAUAUAGCUUUAGUCCUAGUGUGGUGACAUUCACAUCUUAGGCCACAUAAACAGACAUAUACAUGGCUUUGAGUUACUCCUUACCAUUUAGAUGAAAUCCAAGUUUCUAUACUUCGUAAAAUGGUGUUGUUUUCAAUGUGGUAUAGUAUGCCCGACGAUUAUAUUACACAAAGGAAUUAUUCUUGUUUUUUUCCCUUCCUGAUAGUAUUUUGACUAUUUUGUUUGCAAGGAGAACUUCUCCGUGCUCUAGGGGGAGUAGUAGCAUCACCAACUCUUAUAGGGGUUCCUUUGGGACAUAACUCUUCAUUUCUUCAAGGGCCUGCAUUUGCUCCUCCCCGCAUUCGAGAGGCUAUAUGGUGUGGCAGCACAAACUCUACAACUGAAGAAGGCAAAGACUUGAGUGAUCCGCGCAUCUUGACUGAUGCUGGCGAUGUGCCGGCACAAGAGUUACGAGACUGUGGGGUAGACGAUGAUGGAUUAAUGGAUAUUAUCAGUAAAUCUGUCAAGCUAGUGAUGGAUGAGGUUCCGAUGUGCCCCUAAGUCUUGGGGGGCGAUCACUCAAUAUCAUAUCCUGUUGUGAGAGCUGUGUCUAAGAAGCUGGGAGGACAAGUAGAUAUCCUUCACUUGGAUGCUCACCCUGAUAACUACCAUGCCUUUGAAGGAAACGAAUACUCACAUGCCUCUAGUUUUGCUAGAAUAAUGGAAGGUUGGGAUUAGAUAAAUCUCAAAGGAAGGCCGUGAACAAGCUAAAAAAUUUGGCACUGAGCUAUAUGAAAUGACGACAUUUUCCAGAGACCGCCAAUAUCUAGAAAAUCUGAAACUAGGUGAGGGUGUGAAGGGUGUGUAUGUGUCUGUUGAUAUAGACUCUUUUGACCCUGCAUUUGCUCCGGUUGUAUCUCACAUAGAGCCAGGCGGUCUCUCUUUCCGAGACAUCCUCAACAUACUCCACAAUCUUCAAGGUGACAUUGUGGGUGCUGAUGUCGUUGAAUUCAACCCACAACGUGACACUGUUGAUGGGAUGACCGCUAUGGUUGCUGCAAAACUAGUUAGAGAUCUGGCUGCUAAGAUAUCGAAGUGACACAAGUAACAAUCUACCCUUUUGUUAGUUGCCAGUAUUUAGUUUAUGCUUUUAGUCUAAUAAUAAUGGCCAUUAUUUAGUUUCCAACAAACUCAUUGUCAGUUUAACUUCCAGGGUACACUCGAUUUAGUGCACUUUUGGCCUAUGCGAUGAAUAAAACGUACUGUAGCUCUAGCUUCUUCAUUUGAAUUUAGCCUUUGUUUGGUCGGGAAGAAUUACUAGCGAAAAUGCAUUCCUUGAUUUUCUUCUCAACUUUUAUUCUUUCAUUCUCCAUUUCUCUCAUACCAAACAACACACA